ACCUACACAAAUACACCUACACAACUCAUCUCAGAAGUUGUGGAAAGCACAACUGUGCAACUCAGUUUACAUUUCUGGAAUGCCUGCUGCGUGUUGAGGACUAUUGCAGAGAUUCACUCAUACCUCAGUGUUUAGGUUUGUUCAUUUAGUUUGUAGAAAACCCAAUUCUCAUUCUUCUGUUUAACAGAAAAUAACUUUUUUUUGGAGGCAACAACUAGCAGAUGAACAUGACUUUAUCUGGAUCGCUGAUUUUUGUUCUGUUUUUUUUCUGCUUCUUUUCUGUCUGCAGCAGGCCGACAGGUGUCCACCUGCGUAACAUGGAAAGCUUCAUCCAAGCCGUGCAGCAAGUUGAAGACUCCAACCCUGGUCUGCCCCCACUGGCUCUGGUCAGAGCCCUGCGGAGGACCGCUGGCCAUGACGAUGCAAUGACCAUCCAUUUCUUGGGUGCAUCAUACAGUCUCAAUGAUACUGAGGUCCUAGAAACAGCCAUCCUCAAUGCCUCAUCCUUCAGCUUUUUUGAUAAGGCCAUUCACCACAUUGUGACAGACCACGGUGAGGAACGAGGGGUGGUUCUCACUCCAGAUGGCACCACAGUUGCCCUUGCCCCCUUACUGCUUGGAAUUGAAGCAGGACUGAAAGCAAAGAUGGAGGGCACGCCAGCCACUGGACUCUUCCCUCUCACCUUAGGCAGGACGCUGGGUCUGUCAUUCCUCAGCCUCCAGGAUUUCUCACCGUCUCGUCGCCUGGGGCCUAACGGAUGCUGGGACAAUGUGGACCACCCUAAGGUGUUCAAGCUGUCUCGGCCUCCCACUCUGGCCACUGAUGCAGUGAUUAAUGGAGGCAUGGAUGGAGCUAUACUAGGCAUGAACCUCAGCAACCUAAGUGGAUCUGAACAGCCACCGGCCCUCAGUGAGAUUUUGAAAGGAUACUAUAGUUUUGUUUUGCAUGAGGGGCUGGGUCUUGAUGCUGUGACCAGCCAUGUUAGUCCAAGGCGAAGGGAGAUCUCUAGAUCCAUUCUGGAGCCACUUGAUCUUCACAGCCAGGUGAUGGAAACACUAACAUUGGUCUGGCAGCUGGAGAAUACAGAAUGGAUUGCUGUGGACACUGGAGUGGCAAAAGCGGUGAAAGAUGGAUUGCAGGCAUUUGUGCACAAAUACUGGGACUGCCCUCAAAUCAUCCCACGCUGUCAGUGGGGGGCAAAAGCCUACCAGGAUACACCUAUCCCACUGUCUCUGCCCCUCCAAUUUCUGUAUGUUCACCACACCUAUGAGCCGUCCUCACCCUGUUUAUCUUUCCCAAAGUGCUCUCGUGAUAUGAGAGCCAUGCAGCGUUUCCACCAGGAAGACCGAGGUUGGGGCGACAUUGGAUACAGCUUUGUGGUUGGCUCUGAUGGCUACGUCUAUGAGGGCAGAGGUUGGAAGCACCUCGGCAGACACACCAGAGGCCACAAUGAUGUUGGGUAUGGCGUGUCAAUAAUUGGUAACUACACUGCCACCCUGCCGUCUCGCCAUGCCAUGGACCUGUUGCGCCAUCGUCUAGUUCGAUGUGCAGUAAAUGGAGGAGGAUUGGCUGCCAACUUCACCAUCCAUGGCCACAGACAGGUGGUGAACUACACCACCUGCCCUGGAGAUGCCUUCUUUUCAGAAAUAAGAAGCUGGGAGCACUUCAGGGAAUGACAGGACUGUCUUCUUUCAACUUUGGAUUCUUAUACCCUGAAGACCCAUUAUUAGUGUGUUUCAUACAGUGAAACUAUUUCAAAAAUAAGAAAAGGAUCUUGAGUUAAUCCUCCAGAUUCUGGUCUAAUUUAUUAUUUUAAUAUAGAGGACUGAGUUCAGGUCCACCUGUUUCAGUGUAGGAUUUAUUAAAAUCUGGUCAACAAAAUGGAUCUCCCUAGUCAUCCUGUGGGGACCACUGGUUUAACAGCAAGAGCUAAUAGAGCUCAUUCAGGUUUUUGGGCCCCUGAAAGGAUCUAAGGUCCAAGGUGAGUUUAAAUCCAGUAAAGGUACAGUGACCAGGAUAUCAAGUAAGGCGACCCAUCUUGAUUCUCCAGCUGUUUAAUUUGUGGAGUUUAUUCAUCAGUUAGGCAGAUCUCACAAGAUGAAACAAGUAUUUCUGAAUCAUAGUGAAGUGAGUGAAACGUAUGAGUUUUCUAAGGCAAACAAAGUGUAAAUUGAUGUAUUUCUGUUGAAUUGCCAACUGGGAGUUCUGGAUCUUUAAAGAACCUUUCAAUUUCAGUCUCAAUUCCCUAUAAUCUUAUUUUUCCUUUUAUGAUUUUACAGGAAACUGACUCUUCAAAAACAAGAGAGCUGUAAUAAAUGCGAUUGUUUCUA